UUGAUCAUCAUUAGAAAAAAACUCUGUUUUCUGUGAUAUCGUACCUUAUACAAGUAAAAAUAUAGAUGACAAACUGGGUAAAAUAUUGAAAAACCUCUCAUAAAAACGGUGAUUCAUCAAACCCAAGUGCAAUCUAUAACCAAAAAUCAUAUCUCUUUUGUUGGAAAAAAAGAUUGACUAUCGAUGCAGGAUAGUUUAAUGGAAAGUAGGGGCCAAAAGAGAUCUGAUAUUGCUGAAGAAUUGCCUUCUGAUAAAAGGGCAUGUAGUUCUUUGGAGAUUAGGCCAAAUGUGUCGUAUGUAAACCCCGAAACACUUGCUGAUUCAGUGAGUAAAGAAGUUACAACCCGUGAUGGUGAUAUGGAGACUUCAUCUUCAUCAGAUUCGGACUCAGAUCAUUCUGAUGAUGAAGCCGAAAGGGAUUUUCAAUAUGGAUCUGAUGUGGAUGAUCAUCGAUUAAGAACUCUUCAAAGGUUACAACGCAGUCAUUCAUAUAUCGACAGUGCAAAACUUAAGAGAAUUAUACCUAAUUUGAACAAUGAUGCUGAUCCUUGUGGGCAAUUAAUGGCCUUGACUGAACUGUGUGAACUUAUUUCAUUUUGUACAGAAGGGUCUUUAUCAAGUAUGAUAGCUGAACAAUUAGCUUCACCAUUGGUAAAAUUGGCAAAGCAUGAGAACAACCCUGAUAUCAUGCUAUUAGCUACCAGGGCUAUAACUUAUUUAUGUGAUGUUUUUCAUUGGUCGUCGAGAUUACUUGUAAGGCAUGAUGCAGUACCUGUGCUGUGUCAGCGGUUGACGGUUAUCGAGUAUCUGGACGUAGCUGAACUUUGCUUACAAGCAUUAGAGAAAAUAUCACACAAUCAGCCACUCGCAUGUCUGCAAUCGGGGGCAAUAAUGGCUGUUUUGAAUUAUAUAGAUUUCUUUUCGACCUCUGUCCAGAGAACUGCGAUUCGUAUUAUUGUCAAUUUAUGUAAGGAGCUACGAUGUGAUAGUUCCUCGCCUUUCAUGGAGGCCGUUCCUAUAUUGUGUAACCUUUUGCAACAUGAGGAUCGACAGCUUGUGGAGCUUGUAGCUACUUGUUUGAUCAAAGUAGGAGAUUGUGUGAAAGACUCUUCUGCAUUGUUGAGUGAGCUAUAUGGUCAUGGGGUUGUUAAUCAUGUCACUCGUCUCAUAGACGUGAAUAGUCGAAUUAGUUUAAGCCAAUCAACAUACACGGGUCUAGUUGGCCUAGUUUCCAAAAUUGCAUCUGGAUCAGCUGACGUUGUUAGUACUCUUUUCGAGCUUGACAUCGGUAGAAUAUUAAAGGAUGUUUUAUCGAACUCUGAUGUUUCUCAAGGAACACCUUCGCCUCGCGCAUUGCACAACAAUAAUGCUCAGGUGCAAGAAAUUCUGAAGUUGCUUCAUGAGCUCCUUCCUGAAGUAACUAGUAAUCAAAACGAAGAACUUAUGUCAAGCAUCGAAAAAAGUUUGCAUGAUCAGUCUUUUAGACUUCUAAAGUUCGGAUUGGAUGCUCUUCCUACAUUGGUGCAGGUGGUUAGCUCUGGUGCAAAUUUAUAUGUCUGCUACGGAUGCCUUUCAAUUAUCCGAAGAAUAGUUUAUUUCAGCAAACCUGAGGAUCUUCUCAAGUUAUUUGAGGGUAUUAACAUUGCAAGCUUCUUAGCAGGAAUCUUCACUCGAAAUGAUAAUCAUGUUCGUCUAAUAGCUCUACAGAUUACUGAAAUGAUACUGGAAAAGCUUUCUAAUAUCGUGAUGCCAGCUUUUGUCAAGGAAGGUGUUCUCUUUGCAAUUGAUAACCUUCUCAUCCCCGAUAAUUCUUUGCAGACAACAUUUCCGUUGCUCAACUCUACCCAAAAUAAUAAAGCUGCUGAAAGCAAGGUUAUGAGGUGCUUGUGCUACACCUAUUGUACCCGGGAUCCGAAACCCAUGUUAGAUUCUGACUUAUGCAAAGCUAACAAGGAUUCUAUUCAUAGCCUUGCUGAAGAAAUAAAGAUGAAAUACUUCUCCGUAGAAUCAAAUGGUUCUGAAAGUAUGGUUACUGAUUUGCUUCAGGAUCUUAGGAAUGAUUCUUUGAUAAUUAAUGAUCUCGUUAAGAUAUCCCCAGCUUUGGAAACAGAUGCUCAGAGUGAAGAGAGACUUAGAAGUGUUUUGGAAAAGGUCAUACUUCAACUUGGUGGAGAUGCACCUAUCUCAACAUUUGAACUCAUAGAAAGCGGUAUUAUAAAGGCAUUGCUGAACUACCUUUCUAAUGGUCAAUUCUUAAGUAGUUCUAAUAUUCCUAAUGACCCAUCUCAUGUUUAUGUUGUACAAAAAAGAUUUGAGGCCUUUGCAAGAAUAUCUUUGUCAUCUCAUGAUUCAGGCUCGCAAGACUUGCCUCUAUCUUCGCUGGUAAAAAAAUUACAGAUUGCCCUGUCAACGGUGGAAAGUUUUCCGAUCAUGGCAGGCUAUUCAACAAGAAAUAGAGUCUCUUAUGCAGCUAUUCCUAAUGAUUGCCCCAUUUUGUAUCCAUGUGUCAGAGUUCGUUUUGUGAGGGGAGAAAACGAUGUGUGUUUGUUUGACUACUCAAAAGAUGCUAUCAGUGUUGAUCCUUUUUGCCUUGUGGAAGAAAUUGAACAGUUUCUGCGUCCCAAAGUCAAGAAAACAAAAGUGGAAUUAUCAGAUAACAUUCCCGAUGUUUCAUCUGAUAUGCAGAGUUCUUUAGAAGAGGAAACUUACUCAUCAAAGGCAACUGAAAACCUGAUAGAAGCUAGCUCGACUUGCCUACAUAGUAACAAUGAAAAUAGUUUGAAGGGCCAGACGUCCAACAACAAUGAGGACACACCAUUAAAGUUGGUGCUUUACCUUGAUGGAGAGAAGCUAGAAUAUUCGUCUACCUUGUACCAAGAAUUUCUUCAUAGACAAAUGAAAUCACCCAGUGAACGUCUAAAUGGUUCAAAUUUGUGGAGUGCUAUAUACACUGUAACAUAUAGGAGAGUAGCACAGAAUGAAACAAGUACUUCUAUAGAAUGUAGGAACAUCUGUGAAAAUGCUGCAAAAGAUAAUGUUCUGAAACAUCUGAUUGUUUCACCACUUUUUUCAAGCAUAUUUUCUCUUGGACUUGGUUCUAUAUUGGACUCGGCAGGACCUUCAAGCGACAUAUUGUUGCUUCUGAGAAGUUUAGAAAUGAUUAACAGGUUUUCUUACCAUUUGGUGUGUUAUGAAAGAAUAAAUGCUUUUGGUCAAGGUAGGUUCGACAAUUUGAAUGAGUUGAAAGUGGCACUUCCAGCACUGUCGCAGAAUGAAUUUGUGAGCUGUAGAUUGACCGAAAAAUUGGAACAGCAUAUGCGGGAUCCUUCAGCUGUACAUAUCGGUGCCAUGCCAUUGUGGUGUAGUCAGUUGAUUGCCAGAUGCCCGUUUUUGUUUAAUUUUGAGAGUAGAUUUAAGUUUUUUCAGUUGGGGGCAUUUGGUAUAAUGCACAUUCCACCUAAUAUGUCAUCUAAUAAUGACUCGAAUAGAUCCCGAGAUGGGAAAGCUUCCACUGGUAUACCACCUCGUAAGAAGUUCCUGGUUUGUCGAGAACGUAUUUUAGAGUCGGCAACGAAAAUGAUGGAUCUAUAUGCUGGAAAGAAGGUAGUUGUAGAGGUGGAAUAUAGUGAAGAAGUUGGUACAGGUCUUGGUCCAACACUGGAAUUUUACACAUUACUGAGCAGUGAGUUUCAAAAGGCUGGCUCGGGUAUGUGGAGAGGUGAUUCGACGUUAGGUACUAACAGUUGCAGCCAGCAGGGUUCCAUGUCCAAGUUUAUGGUGUCCACUUAUGGACUUUUUCCACGUCCUUGGUCACCAACAUUAAACAACAUAAAUGGUUUAGAGUUUUCUGAUGUUAUUAAGAAGUUUGUCCUCUUGGGGCAAGUUGUAGGAAAGGCCCUUCAGGAUGGAAGAGUUCUCGAUAUUCCUUUCUCCAUAGCAUUUUAUAAACUUGUCCUGGGGAAGGAACUCUCUGUGUGUGAUAUUCAGUCUUUUGAUCCUGAGCUUGGAAAAACGUUGUUGGAGUUCAAGGCUCUUGCUUGCAGACAAAGAUGCAUGGAAUUUACUUGUGGGAGAAAUAUUAAAGACGACGAGGGUUUGAUGUUCCAGAGUACGACAAUUGAAGAUCUGUGCCUUAACUUUACACUCCCCGGCUACCCGGAUUACGUCCUUUCAUCUGGGAUGGAUGAUGUGAUGGUUACCAUCAACAACUUGGAAGAGUAUAUUUCUCUUGUUUUGGAUGCAACAUUACAAUCUGGAGUUUCCAGACAAGUGGAAGCUUUUAGAUCGGGGUUGAACCAGGUAAUCCUGGAUAAACAUCUUCAACUUUUCACUGAGGAAGAGCUUGAGCUAUUGCUUUGUGGAGAACGUGAUUUCUCGUUUUCCGGCGACCUACUUAAUCACGUCAAAUAUGAUCACGGAUAUACUGCUACAAGUCCUCCAAUCAUCAAUUUUUUGGAGGUCAUUAAUGAGUUCUCCUAUGAACAAAGGCGUGCUUUUCUUCAGUUCGUGACUGGUGCACCUCGUCUUCCUUCUGGCGGUUUGGCUGCCCUUAAUCCUAAGUUAACAAUCGUGCUCAAGCACUCGAAUAACUGCCCUGACACAGAUUUGCCGAGCGUCAUGACUUGUGCUAAUUAUCUGAAGUUACCUCCCUAUUCUUCCAAGGAGAUACUGAAAGAGAAGCUCUUAUAUGCCAUAAUAGAGGGGCAAGAGUCCUUCCAUUUGUCGUAGUCUAAACAUGGCGGUAAGUUUGUAAUUAGUAGGUUAGGUUACAGGCUGGGCUGCGCCGUACAUAAUAAAGAUUGUAGGAGGACGUGUUGGAUGAAAGAGUAGCUGAUUGAUGCUCACGAUGACACCGAUAGAAAUUACCUUCACUGCAUACUAAACUAGACUUUUUAUAUAGCUGAUACUGAAGUAUAUAUUUAGGCAGUUUUAGGAGUCGUACAAGUAGGAAUUGAAUCAUUUAGGGGUCUCGUUUUAUGUCCUUUUUCGGUAAGCUGUGAACUGAUGCUGAUUUUAAUGGUGAAUAUUGGUUUUUGGAUAUGUAUAUGUUUAUGUUUCGGUUUGACGAUUUAUCUAUAAAGUUAGCUACAGUUGUUCC